AUUCAAAUAAAAAUAGAACGUAUUACUGCGUGACGGUUAUUCUCCAGGAGCGAGUUACAGAUAUUGCAUAAUUGUGUGUGUGAAUAUGGCAUACUGCUGAAAAGACGUUAGAAAGUAAGUGUCAUGUGAUAGACUUGGGUGUUACUUCAGCAUCUGGUGAGUGGUAUCUGCGAACCCCAACUUCACCUCCACCCCUAGACGUUCAUUGUGGAGAUUGAUUGUAUGGAUAAUUUCUAACGGGACUUGAGCUUGGCCUGUGAGCAGUUGCAGAGAUGAGAACCAUAAGGCUUUCACCGCGCCCCUGCUGCAUCGUCUUGUUAGUGCUGGUGUUUGCACGUGAAGCACGUGCAUACAGCAACGGCGCUGGAACUAGCUCUUGUGCGAGCUUAGAACCCAGCCAUACCACUACCGCACAGACCACGGACUCUCCUUUCGUGGUACUGACGUCCAAAACUACAUACACAGCAGGGGAGACAAUCCAGGUGACACUGGAGGGGCGAUGCGGGGAGCAGUUCAAAGGGUUCCUGAUUCAAGCACGACGGGCAGAUCCCACAGUAGACAACAAUGAGCUGAUAGGAGAAUUCACCUCCGUCGACGCUUCAACUUCCCAGCAACGAUGCAACAACGGCGAUGCUACACAGCGUGGGUUGACACACACCAACAGCAACCUCAAAUCCAGUUUGACUUUGCAAUGGACGGCCCCUACUCCUGCCACAGGGCACAUAAUCUUCAGGACGACGUUUGUGAAGACUAAGGUGGUCUACUGGGUCGGGGUGACCUCGGCCGUUCUGACUGAUUCCACGGCAGUUGGGCUCAGCGUCUCCGAAGCGUCACUGAUGACGGCGACAAUAGCGCCUUGCACAUCAACGACAGGAGCGACCACGGAGUCGAUUUCAGCGACGACCCCUUCGGCGCCUUCCGCUGGCAUUUCACGUGACCCCGAGUGUGGAAAAACAAAAGGAUGCUUCGACAACUGCGACACUGGUUGCACAUUCACGGUCACGUGGGCUACAGAGGGGAGCAACCUCAGGUUCCGGUUCAAGUCCCUCUCAUCCGGGAACUCGUACUUUUCCCUUGGAUUCUCCAAUGACAUGUCUAUGGGGGAUGACAGUGUCGCCGAGUGUGUCGUCUUUGGCGGAGUUGUCAAGGCGUUCCAAUCUUUCAACGCCGGCUACUCCAAUUCAAGACUAACCAAUCCCGAGGCUGGCAUCAGCGACGUCAGUGGUUCCGUCAACAACGGCGUAUUCGACUGCAGCUUCCUCCGCGAGACUGGGGGUACACCAGACCCUAAUUCCUUCAACCUUACACAGGACUAUAACCUGUUUGCAGCACAAGGUGUGGCGAGUGCUGGCUUUUCAAAAAGCAAACAUGGCGCCCUUCCGACGGUGUCUUCUGUUGUGAUUGACCUUCAGUCGAAUUCGGUCAAUGGGGCGAUAACUCUUGAAUUUGUUCUCGUCAAGGCUCAUGGGAGCUUGAUGGCUGUUGCCUGGCUACUUCUGUCCAGUGUGGGGAUGAUCAUUGCGAGGUACUAUAAGCUCAUGUGGCCGGACAAAACCGUCGGCGGAGCCAACAUAUGGUUUCAGGUUCACCGCGCUUGUAUGUCCGGCACCCUGCUCGUAACUAUCAUCGCUUUUGUUCUGAUCUUUGUGGAGGUUGAAGGUUAUACCGAGGCUGAGGAAACCUCCCAAAAAGCGCAUCCUAUACUGGGCAUAAUUGUCACAGUUCUGGUCGUGCUAAAUCCGCUUAUGGCCUUACUCAGACCCGGACCAAGAUCAGAAAGAAGAGUGAUAUUCAACUGGGCUCAUUACCUGGUCGGUAAAGGUGCUUUCAUUCUUGCAGCGGUGACUAUAUUUUUGGGUAUGACGAUGACCAAGGCCAACGCCCCCGACUACAUGCGCUUCAUCCUCGUAGGUUUCCUCGUGUGGCAGGUGCUUGUCGAGGCAAGUCUGGAGAUCAUCAGGUGCAUGUCAGAAAACAAGGAAAAGGAGCGGGUGAACAACAUGGGCCUUACGAUAGCUCAGGAGGCUCCAUCAAAGCCACAGCAUGCUACGAAGAUGCUCAUCGUCUUGUGUGCUCACAUUUGCGUGGCGUCUGCCUUUGCGUUUGCCAUGGUUGGUCUGUUGGUGUCUGUGUGAAGACGUGGGUCACCCAGGAAGACAUGUAUGCUCGCACAAACUGCUUAUUGUACUGUGAAACCUCGACUCGAAGUUUUAAAAAUAGUUUUCGAACAACCCGUCCUUCGAGACAAGCGGAGUGCCUUAAGCGACUUAUAGAAAUGUUAUAUUAUGUUCUUAAUAUGCCUAAUCGUAAAAUACGACACUAGAAGAUAUAUAUAUUUUCUACUCGCCUGUACAUUGUUGUAAACAUAUAAAUAUAUGUAUAUUGAUUGUUACUUUAUUGUGAAUUGGUAUAUAUACACGAAUGCAAUGUUUGAUAUCUUUAUACCAAGAAAUACACACCCUCAUCGCCACCCCUACCUCAUUCCCAUCCCAACUCUCUUCGAUACGGGGUGGUGGGGUAGCCUAAUGGUUAAAGCGUUCGCUCGUCACGCUAAAGACCCGGGUUCAAUUCCCCACAUUUGUACAAUGUGUGAAGCCCAUUUCUGGUGUCCCCCGCCGUGAUAUUGCUGGACUAUUGCUAAAAGCGGCGUAAAACCAUACUCACUCACUCCCUUUGAUACUGAAUAUUAAACAUAACAGGAAGUCACCGGUGACCAAGUGCACUUACACAACCUAACUGCUGUCAACCACCGAUGUGUGUCGAAGUUGAAGGGAGCUACGUAAGGUCUUGGAGUUAUCCGAGGUUCAACCCAAAGUGGGGUAAACAGGCACAAGUGUUUACUUCGACACUACCGUACGUUCGACACAUCGUAUUAGUAUCUCGGUAAUAUAGUUUUAAGAAAAUUGUGCCAUAUAUACCCUGAUCGUGUUAAUAAAUAUGUCUUUUUUUCAA